AUUUCGAUCUUCUUCACUCAUGCUUUUUAAAACGGUCUUGUAGUAAAAUUGUAAGAAGAUCAAACUCUGUCUUCUUAUUCCUCGGUUGAUUAGACAAAGGGAGAGAUGGAGUUUAAGGAGUUAAAAGAAGCAAUUGAGAAGAUAGAGCUCGUUGAUGCUCACGCACACAACAUUGUCUCUCUUGACUCGUCUUUUCCGUUCAUCGGAACUUUCUCCGAGGCUGCCGGCGACGCUUUAACUUUCGCUCCUCAUUCUCUCUCUUUCAAGAGGAAUUUGAGGGAGAUUGCUCAACUUUAUGGCACUGAAGUAUCUUUAGAAGCGAUUGAGGAACAUCGUAAAACCUCGGGUUUGGAUUCUUUUACUUCCAAGUGUUUUAAAGAAGCUCGAAUCUCUGCUCUUCUCAUUGAUGAUGGAUUGAAGCUAGACAAGAAACAUGACAUUGAAUGGCAUAGAAACUUUGUUCCAUUUGUCGGUCGAGUCUUGCGUAUCGAAACUCUCGCCGAGCAAAUCCUCGAAGAGGAGUGUCCUGAUGAUGGUUAUUUCUAUGGUUCUAAGAGUACUGAACCGCCUGUUUGGGAUUUGGAUUCUUUCACAAAAACCUUUGUUGAAAGAUUAAAUUCGCUUGUUCCAAAGAUUGUUGCUUUGAAAACUAUUGCUGCUUAUCGUAGCGGUUUGGAUAUUGAUACUUAUGUGAGUAAAGCUGUUGCUGAGAAUGGCCUCGUUGAAGUCUUGCGAGCUGGAAGUCCUGUCCGUAUAGGAAACAAAGGCUUGAUUGAUUACAUUGUUACCAUCAGUUUGGAGGUCGCUGAGCGUUGCGACUUGCCCUUGCAGAUUCACACCGGUUUUGGUGACAGGGAUUUAGAUUUGAGGUUGUCAAAUCCUCUUCACCUUAGAAACCUUCUUGAAGACAAAAGAUUUGCAAAGUGUCGAAUCGUUCUUCUUCAUGCAGCUUAUCCAUUCUCAAAGGAAGCAUCUUUUCUGUCUUCAGUUUAUCCUCAGGUUUAUCUUGAUUUCGGCUUGGCGGUUCCAAAGCUUAGUGUCCAUGGUAUGGUUUCUUCAGUUAAAGAGCUACUUGACUUAGCCUCAAUAAAGAAGGUUAUGUUCAGCACUGAUGGGUACGCAUCUCCUGAGACCUACUAUUUAGGUGCAAAGAAAGCACGUGAGGUCAUCUUCUUAGUUCUGAGUGAUGCUUGUGCCAGUGGUGAUCUCUCACUCAUGGAAGCUAUUGAUGCAGCUAAAGACAUUUUUUCACAAAAUUCGAUUAAAUUUUAUAAGCUUGAUAUAGACUCAAAUUCUUCUAGUCCACAAAGUAUUAUAUCUCCCAAAUUAGAGAUGAAGGAGCCUGAUGUUCAAGAAGAUAGUAGUUCUUUUGUACGUAUUAUUUGGGUUGAUACAUCUGGACAACAACGAUGCCGUGCUGUUCAAGCGCAGCGUUUUAACAAAAGUGUGAAGAAGAACGGUGUUGGUCUGACUUUUGCAUCAAUGGGGAUGACUUCAUUUACUGAUGGACCAGCAGAAGAGUCUAAUUUAACAGGUGUGGGUGAGAUUAGACUGGUUCCAGAUCUAUCAACCAAGCAGACAAUACGUUGGACGAAGCAAGAGAGCAUGGUUUUAGCUGACAUGCACUUGAAGCCUGGUGAAGCAUGGGAGUACUGUCCGAGAGAAACCUUAAGAAGGGUCGCAAAAGUUCUCAAAGAUGAAUUUGACUUGGUAAUGAACGCUGGUUUUGAGAAUGAGUUUUAUCUCCUCAAGAAUGUUGUGAGGGAAGGGAAAGAAGAGUAUGUGCCUUUUGAAUUUGGUCCUUACUGUUCCACAUCCUCAUUCGAUGUCGCAUCCCCGAUUUUCCACGAAAUUGUACCUGCGCUCGAGUCCUUGAACAUUGAAGUUGAACAGUUUCAUGCUGAAUCCGGGAAAGGUCAGUUUGAAGUAUCUCUCGGUCACACCGUUGCAUCCCAUGCUGCCGACAACUUGGUUUACACACGUGAAGUUAUAAGAUCGGUUGCAAGGAAACAUGGAUUGCUUGCGACCUUUGUUCCAAAGUAUGAUUUUUGUGACAUUGGUUCUGGAUCACAUGUGCAUCUAAGUCUUUGGAAAAACGGCGAAAAUGUCUUCCCGGCAUCUAAUAAGUCAUCUGCUCACGGAAUCUCUUCCAUUGGAGAAGAGUUCAUGGCCGGAGUUCUAUUUCACCUUCCAUCAAUCUUAGCAGUGAUAGCUCCACUCCCAAACAGCUACGACCGAAUCCAACCUAAUACAUGGAGUGGAGCAUUCCAAUGCUGGGGCAGAGAAAACCGCGAGGCGGCGUUAAGAGCAGCUUCUCCACCAGGAACUCCUGAUGGUUUAGUUACUAACUUUGAGAUUAAGUCUUUUGAUGGCUCUGCAAACCCUCACCUUGGUUUGGCCGUUAUAAUGGCUGCCGGUAUUGAUGGUCUCCGGCGACAUCUCCAACUUCCUACUCCAAUAGAUAUAAAUCCGGCGGAUGUGGCUGCUACAUUGAACAGACUUCCUGAAACGCUUUCAGAAGCUGUUGAAGCUCUGGACAAAGACGAAGUUUUCCACGAUUUGCUUGGACAAAAGCUUUUAGUUGCCAUAAAAGGAGUCCGUAAGUCUGAGGUGGAGUAUUAUUCGAAGAAUCCAGAUUCAUAUAAGCAACUCAUUCACAGAUACUAAUCCUUUGAGCAUCUGGAUGAUGAUUGUUAGAUCAUUUGGUUUUAUUGUGGACUUUGUGUCACAUGAAGGGUCGUAUUUGCAAAAUACUUGCCUACUUGGGAUGUUGGUUACACUAUUUUUAGUUGGAUGCAAACCGCAAACGUGACUUAAAGAUGUGGAUCAGAAAUUUUUUUAACUAAAUUUCAUAUUUCGAGACGCAUGCUCAUGCUGAAGUAUUUCUUACUUUUUCGUCCCAUGCUUUCAAAAGCCUCAAGAAUAUUAUACUGAGUUUUUUUA